AUGUCCCAGCUUGAAGCCCUGCUCCGAUCAACAGAUCCUCGAUCCGCAUUGCAAGCCGCCGUGCAAUCAAAGCAGCUUGCAGUAGCGAAGUUUCUUCUGGAGUCUUCGGACAUCAAUUUGGAAUCAGAAUUCGGAGGAGAACUCCUCCUUACGGCAGGCAGUAAGCCCGAUCCAAACAUGCUCAAACUGCUCAUGGCCAAAGGUGUGGACCCGCAUUAUCGACGAGAAGACUGUCGAAAGGCGAUCAUCGUCGGCCCGCACCAGGAUAUUGUGGACUCUUCUCUUUUAGUGGCCAUCUGUCACGCUUUUGCAGCCCGAAAAACACGGGCCUUCUGGGACAGUGCCGAGACCGAUACUGGAGACUUGGCAGACCUUGUCGAGCCAUAUGAACGAGCAAUUGAUUUAGCUCUUGCUUCUAGUUGCGAUGUGAAUACCCCAGGCUCGAUGGACAGGACUUCGUUAAACUGGUGCGUGCUGAGCAGUAUGCCUGCGCAGAUCAUACAGAAGCUCCUUGACCAUGGCGCCGAUGUCAAUGCCGAAGAUAGCGAGGGUAAUACACCGCUGCAUUUGUACUACCCCUCUGCGGAAACCGAAGCAGUUCUCGGCAUGCUAGUUAAGCAUGGCGCGAGAUCGGAUAAGCGACGCAAAUCAGAUGGAAAGACACCAUUGCAUACGUGCGUGGACUUGGGAUGCCGGAAACAUGAUCUCAAUAUGUUGCUCCUGCAGCAGCAUGUCAAGGACUGGAACGUUACUGAUUCUAGAGGUGAUACUCCGCUACAUCUGGCGGCCAGGAUUCAGAUUACCCCUGAACUAGCAAUACGGUUGCUUGAGCAGCUCAUAUCCCUUGGUGCGGGUAUCAAUGAAGCGAAUCAUGAUGGCGAUACGCCCGUACACCUGCUAGACAGCAUAAAACUGGGCUCCGAUGAUAUCAGAGCUAUGCUCGUUGCAGCGGGAGCGGAUUUCGAAGCGCGAGAUAGACGAGGAAGGACGUGGUUCCUCCGCGCUGUUCUCGAAGAGUCCAAUCUCACUGAGAGAGCGCAUUCGGUUGCUCUCGAUCUGGGGUUGGAUUUCCAUGCCGCUGAUUACGAAGGAAACAAUGCUCUUCAUCUCGCACUUGGCAAUGACCGGCCGAUUGCAAGUCUUGAGUAUCUCAUUAAGGCCGGUGUCGAUCCAUGCCAUGCGAAUCAUAACGGUGACACGCUAUACCACGCGCUCAUGAGACAGUGUUUCCAGUCCGCCUCUACUGACCUCAUUGCAAAGCUUACCGUCCUUCGCUCAACGAGGCCAGAAAUACCCGCUUUGGCUCAAAAUCACCGCGGCCAGACCCUACUUCACUGCGUGUGCAGUAAACCACCCUCAUUUCCCGCGUAUCGCGAUAUGCUCUAUACAACCCGUAAUCCCCUCGAGUGUUUCUCUGAAUCUGAGAUUUCCUCCAUGGUACGAACCUCGGACAAUGAAGGCACAGUACCAGUUCAUGCAGCCGCAAUGACAGACGAAAGUCUCGUUUGGUGGCUGAUCACCAAAGGAGCAGAUAUAUCUGCCCGCACGCAUGACAAAGAGACUCCGCUGCAUCUCGCUGCUCUUGCUCGGCAAAGCAACAUUAUCGGCUUACUUCUUGAGACGUAUACCAAAGCAGAGCGAGUCAAGGCUGUGAACGAAGCAGAUAUCCAUGGACGCACGCCACUGCACUACGCAUGCUGCUCUGGGCGGCCUGAAAGCGUCAGGCUGUUAUUGGAUGCUGGGGCUGAUGUUGGUAUCGCUGAUAGAGCCGACUGUACGCCCCUUCACGCUUGCGCACAGCUUGAAAGGAAACUAGAAGUCCGGGGUUCGAAUCAUGUUGGUUACCCGAAUGACCAUCAGAUACGCUCUGAUGACGGAUCCUUGCGGGUAACAGAUAUUGUACACCUGUUGUGCGAGCGCGGGGCGGAUAUCAUGGCAGUAGAUGGACAGGGGAAUACUCCUAUGGCUCUAGCCAUAGGCAAAGGAAACAACGAGAUGGUCGCUGCCCUUAUGGAUGUGAUCGACAAUGGGUCGCCGGAGCAGAAAGCAGCUUUUGAGAAGGCCCAUGCAAUUCGUCUUUCUGCACGAUUGUAUCUAGCCAGUGGACAUCUCAAUGCUGAGUCAAUCGUUGGCCAAUUCAUUGAGAACAGCACUCUCAAGGAUGAUCCCGCAGCCGCGGUCCAAACCUGCGACCAACUCCUCAAACUCGGCGCCUACAGCGUGAUACAAGAACUCUCCAAAACGGGCUUGCCGCUCUCUGGCGCAGUAGGUCCAAGGAAAGUUGACUUCCUCGAGUCCCUGGCUCGUUGGGGCUUCACGGAUCUAUUCCUUAAACUCGGCCUUACACGCAGCAGAAGCCUCAACAGUCACAACUGGAUAAACGGGUCCAUCUCAACACCAUUCUCCGAGAUGUUCGAUCUUCGCCCAUUCCUCUUAACCGUUGUCUCAAGGUCUCUACCGAGCAUGGACCUCCUCUCCCUGGUCGUCGAGACUUUCAGCGCAGACGUCAACAUCAAGCUUGAAAAGCGCCAGCGUAUGAAAACAGAUGUCUCCGCGCUGCAUAUCCUCGCGGAAGGGAAGCACUGGUGGAAUACAGAUGCUGUCGCGUAUUUGCUGAAGCACGGCGCGGAUCCGAAUAUCGCUGAUGCGUUCGGACGCACGCCGCUCCAUGUUGCAGUGAGUGGGGGGUAUAGACGGCUAGGGAUUGUGAGGCUUCUGCUUGAGCAUGGUGCGGAUCCGGAUGCGAGCGAUUGGAACGGUAAGACGCCGAUUUGUCUUGCGGUGGGAGAUGAGGAUAUGGUCGGUUUGCUGGUGCGGUUCGGCGCUGGGGGUGCGGCUGGGGAGGCGCCGGUUUCGUGA